AACCUAAACAUAUUUGAUUUAAACAAAAUAUUUGAAAUUGAAUCACCCAAAACGGAUUUUUUCUAGUUUUCUAAUUUUUUUUUGUGUUUAACGCGAAAAACCGUUAAGUUCCGUAGAUUUGCGGUCUCGAUCGGUGACAUUACUUUUUAAAAAAUAUAAAAAUCGAUCAUUGCAUUUAAAUAAGUGAUAUUGAAUUCGUUUUUUGUUUAUAAGUUUAAGUAUAAUUACAAUUAAUUUAAGAACUCAGUACAAAACACCAUUUCUUGCAAAUAUGUACCACAGUGAUAACGUCUAUAGAAUAUCACGCACCUGGCCGAUUGCUGCGUACCUCAUAUUUUUAGUUCUAAUACAGUUACAGGGCCAGACAACGGCUUUCACGAUUUUAUCGCCCUUUAGUUAUACAUCAUUAAGUUUUAAGAAUUUACUCAAUAGCGUUCUAUUGUCAAGUAAUGCUAAUUUGGCGGGAGGUGGUCGGAAUCUUAAGUCCGAUGUAUUGGAAGAUGCUUCACUUAUAACGCCUAAAUUAAUACGAAAGUAUGGCUACCCUUCGGAGACGCACACCGUUGUCACGAAGGAUGGCUACAUACUGGAAAUGCAUCGCAUACCGAAGCGUGGUGCCCAGCCGGUCUUAUUGAUGCAUGGCAUACUAGAUACAUCAGCGACAUGGGUGCUAAUGGGGCCAAAAUCAGGAUUGGGCUAUGUGCUCUCAGAUUUGGGUUAUGAUGUUUGGAUGGGAAAUUCGCGUGGCAAUCGUUAUUCUAAAAAUCAUACUAGUCUUAAUAGUGAUUAUCAAGAAUUUUGGGAUUUCACAUUUCAUGAAAUGGGCAAAUAUGAUUUACCAGCAAAUAUUGAUUACAUUCUCAGCAAAACAGGCUAUGAGCAACUACACUAUAUCGGACAUUCGCAGGGUACCGCUAUAUUUUGGGUCCUUUGCUCCGAACAACCUUCAUACACACAAAAAAUUACCUCAAUGCAUGCGCUUGCCCCAAUUGCUUUCAUCUCCGACAUGAAGAGUCCACUCUUCCGCACGUUAGUAUUAUUUUUGGACUUCCUUACCGCCGCAACACGUAUGCUUCGCAUUACAGAAUUCAUGCCAAACACCAAAUUCCUCGUCGACCACAGCCAAGUUGUUUGCCAUGACAAUGCCAUGACGCAGGAUGUGUGCUCUAAUAUACUGUUCCUGGUCGCCGGUUACAAUUCGGAACAGUUGAAUAAGACUAUGCUGCCAGUAAUGCUUAGCCAUACUCCAUCUGGUGCUUCCAUUAAACAAUUAGAACAUUUCGGUCAAUUAAUGAAAUCUGGACAUUUUCGUAAAUUUGAUCGUGGCUAUUUACGCAAUCAGCUCGAAUACAACCGUGUGAGUCCACCAGAUUACGAUUUAUCCAAGGUGAAGGUGCCGGUGGCCUUAUAUUACUCCAUAAAUGAUAUGCUUGUCUCCACGACGGGUGUGGAUCAUUUGGCACGCGAACUACCAAAUGUGAUUGAUAAAUAUCUCGUGCCAAUGGAAAAAUUCAAUCAUUUGGACUUUUUAUGGGCGAUCGAUGUUAAGUCAUUGGUCUAUAAUCGUCUCAUACGAAACAUAAGACGUGUCGAGAAUUACAAACAAAAACAUAAUGCCAAUAUGCAAAUCAUACAUUCAAAUCCAAAUUUGAAUGUAAAUUCAAACACAAAUCCAAACACAAAUGCAAAUACAAAUGCAAAUACAAAUUUAAGCCAAAACCAAAAUCAAACUCCAAAUAUGAAUCCGCAGCAAAAGACAAAUACGCAUGCGGAAAGUGCUAAGCCGAGUGCGUGAGGUUAAUUAAAAAAUUUGU